CUCCUGUGGUGUCCUGGUGACGUCAGCCGGCGCUGGGCCAAUCGGUGGGGCGGCCCGCCCUAUCGGCCCCGCCCCCUAAACAAACCGCCAUUUGAAAAAACCCAAACAGAGAGAGAGCGACUGACACUCUGAGAGCCAGGACGUUUUUAUUCACUCCGCCCGACGAAGCUGAACAGACGCAGGGAAUAUGAGUGAGAUGGAGGAGGUAGGGGUGGAAGCAGCGCCCUUGUCCGAGGAGGAGGAGGCGGAGGAGACGCGGGAAGAUGAGCCGGCGGACACGCCCACCCCAGACCUGAGUUCGGAGGUGACGGGGAAGCGGACCAAGAAGACGGUGGCCCGGCUGGAGAUCCAGAUGGCCAAGCCCAAGGAGAAGCUGAAGGUGGAGGACGGGGGGGGGGAUAAGUUGGGGGACAUCCCGAGGACGAACCACAUGAUCGGGAAGCUGAAGCCAGGGGACCUGAAGCCGCUUCACUCCAUCAUGUUCGACCGGCCCGGCAAGACCGCCAGCAUGAGGAAGAACAUGCGGCAGUUCAACGGCUUCCCCUUCGAGGUCAACAGCAAACAGUUCACCAAGAAGAGAGACAAGCUGCUCAGGUGGUCGUCGCUCACCAACCUGAAGCUGAGGGCCAUCUGCAAGGUGCUGGACCUGGAGCAGAAGGGCAGCCAGGUGGACCUGAUCAACCGCAUCCUCAUCUUCCUCAGCGCGCCCAAGAACAGCGGCAAGCCGCUGCUCUCCAAGAAGAAGAAGAAGAGCAAGAAGAGGCUGUCGGCCGGCGAGAGCAAGCCCCGCCCCAAGAGCACGUCGGCCAGCCCCAAGAAGACCAAGAGCGGCAGCAAGUCCAAGGCCAUCGUCAUGGAGUCCAGCAGCGACGAAGACGAGGAGGACGAAGACGACAAGGCCGGGGCACGGGCCGAGGAGGAGGAGGACGAUGAGGAAGAGGAGGAGGAGGAGGAGGAGGAAGCCGAGGAGGAGGAAGAAGCCAAGGAGUCGGGGAUCGAGAAGAGCGACGAGUCCGAAGACGAUGGAGACGAGGAGGAUGAGGAGGAGGUAAUUCAUUCUCCCAAGGCCAAACCGCCCGCCAGGAAACCCGCCGCCGGCAAACGGCCGCGCCCCCCAACGAAGAAGAGCCCCGCGCCCAAGAAGAGGUCCACGAAGGAGCUCUCGGAGUCGGAGGGCGAGGCGGACGGGAAGCCCAAGAAGAAGGCCAGGAGAGCCGCUCCCUCCAAACCCACCGCCAAGUCCAAGAAGGCCGACAGCAGCAGCAACAGCAAGAAGACCAACAGCACAGUGUCUGAGGGGAGCUCUGACGACGAGCGGCCGCUCAUCAAGAUGGUGCGCGUGGCGCCGUCGGACGGGCAGCUGGAGGAGGCGGUGCGCGGCCUGCUGAAGGACGCAGACCUGGAGGAGGUCACCAUGAAGCAGAUCUGCCAGAAGGUCUACGAUGCGUACCCGGACCACGACCUGGCCAGCAGGAAGGACUUCAUCAAGCAGACCGUCAAAUCACUCAUCACCUGACCUGGACACUGACUACCGUCUCGGCUCAACACAGGAGUUGUGCUCUCGCAGUCCGCCCGUUGUGUUGUGAACCAGCUGUUCUUCUGCCUCAUUCUCCCAGCUCACCCAUUCAUUACAUAAGCAUUGUCUCACACCGUCACCUACCUUUUGUUCUGCUGAUAGAUUAACCUUUUGGUUUUAUUAGCCUUAGUCAUAAGGUGUAAUAGAACAAAUAUUAUCAAACGUAUUUUAAUUGUGUAUGAAGUCAGGACGCCAUGGACUCAUCCUCAGUUUGUCGUCGUUCUACCAUCAACAAACCGAUCACUAAUCAAUACACCGAUCAGAAACGUACAGACCUAACCUUUAGACGUUUUGCAGGUCAAAAUGAGUUCCUCAACAUGUUCUUGUUUGCUAACAUAAUUAGAUUAUUUUCGGAACCAGUUCUCAGAUAUUGUGUUAUGUACAUUUGUAAAUAUAUUCUUGUUUUCCUGUUUUGGUAUUCUUGAUCGGUUUUGGAGAACGCCUGGGAGUUAGUUUCACUUCAGGUUCACCUGUUGAAAGUGAACCCAAUCCUCGACUUUAAAAUGUAAUUCAUUGGUGUUUAACCGAUAUCUUAACACAAUGAAAAUGAAUAUCUAUAAUUGUUUAACAGCCUCGACCAUGUCGAGGUUGGCUAUUGAUUGUAGAACUGGACAUGUAACUAAUUGGAUAAUUGAGAAUAAGACACAGAUCUGUAUCUUCUCUGGUUAUGUCGAAUGAUGAAGCUGAAGAAUACACUCCCAAUUUUCAAAAACGAUUUUGUGGGAAUAAUAAAACAUGUUUUUUCUAAUAA